UCACUGCCGCGUUUCUAACCUUACUGGCGGGUCAUAUGAUUACGCCGUGACUCUUCAAACCCACAUCACAACAAUCAUAUCCCGCCAUUUUCAUUCUUACUUUCUACAUCUACCAUCACCUUCUACACACGUAGUAUCCACGAUCCGCAUACAAUCUUAUCAUCUUACUUCUUUCGCGCAUCAACACCGCCACGAUGGCCUCUUCGGACAAAAAUGAGAUCACCGAGAAGGAAUCCAAGGUGCUAGCCCUAGCCUGGCACUGUUUCAAGACGCAACCCGAGAUCGACUACAACAAGCUAGCCAAGCUUGCUGGCUACACCAAUCCCCGGAGCGUCACCAAUAUCAUCUGUGCUGUCAAGAAGAAGGUCGCUAUGCCUCACAACGAUGAGAACAGCGGUGGCGAGGGUCCUUCCACUCCAGUCAAGCGCACCCCGAAGGGCAAAGGCAAGGUCGCCCGCACCCCUGCCUCACGCAAGCGCAAGACCGCGAGCGAUGAUGAGGACGUUAGCAACGAUCCCGCCACACCUAGCCGCGGCAAGCGCGCUCGCGCCAAGAAGACCGCGCCUUCUAAGGCCGCCGUCGAGCUCGAUGACUCGGAGGACGACAAGAAAGGCGUGAAGAUGGACUCUCACGCCGACGAGCAGGGAAUUCCCGAGGACGUGGUUGACUAAGGUCGUAACUUUCAACGAAACCAGAAACCAAGACGGACUAGUAGAUGUCAUUUGCAGGAUAAUCUUAGCUCAUCUUGCUUUACAAUACGCCAGAUACGCUGUCUGAUGGCGUAACGUACAGUCCCUCGAUACCCGAGCAAGUUCGCAAUAAAUCACAUCCGGCUGCUUUUCCCAAUUA